AAAUUGUUGUAUUUACAUUUCUAGCAAAAUUGCAUUUUCUUUAUCAGACAAUAUUUGCUAAAACUAAAUAUAAACGUAAAAAAUGCAUCAAGCUUAUAAUGUACACAAAAUUUUGAAGCAAGGUGUUCAAAUAGAAUCAAUUGCCGCCUAUGAUAACAAUGUGAUACUUGGCACACGCAGUGGUCAACUCAUCAUGUACUCCGUUGGCGAAGAUGGUGCUGUGGAUAUGCUAAUGUUUAAUAAGAAUUUCAGCAAAAAAGCAAUAGUACAGAUGCAGGUCAUACCAGCGGAACAUUUGCUUUUUGUGCUCACCGACAACGUAGUGCAUGUUUGUGAUAUUAGUCAAGUCGGUAGUAAUUUCACGUUUAUACAUAGUGCCAUGGCUACAAAAGGCUGUACGCUCUUCGCUUUGGACGUAAAGCCCACGAAAUUACCAAAUGGCGAGAUGACCACUGUCAUUGGCAUUUGCUGUGCAAUAAAACGUCAAUUACAAUUCUUCUAUUGGAAACAGGAUAAGUUAAACACGUUCAGCUUUAGUAUCGAACUAAAAGAUGUGCCGAAAGCACUUUGCUGGGUGGACGAUGCCGUUUGCAUUGGCUUCAAGGAUGAAUAUGUUAUAUACAAUAUGCUCGCUAGCAAACCUGAAAAACAUGAUUUGAUUGUCACCUCGUCGUCACACAGCAUGGAUCCCUGUAUUUGUCUUAUAAAACACAAAAUGCUUGGCGUCUCCAAAGAUCUAUAUCUUGUGCCCAUUGAUCCUAGUGACUAUGCUGAUGAAAAACUAAAGGCGCACAGUGCAUUGGAAGGAGCAGUUGGUAAUGUUGAAGUUAAGAACAAACCCAAGUUAGUGAUGUGGAGUAGUCCUUUGCUUGAUAUAGUUUGGGAUGAACCCUAUGUGAUUGGACGUGUGGCAAAUGGUAUAGAAGUGCGCAGUAUGGAAACCGGUAGCAUUAAUAAAGACACACUGGUACAAACCAUACCAGAAUUAAAUAAAACGAAACUGUUAGCGCGCUCUGGCAAAGGUACCAUAUUUGCCGCAGCAAUAUCAGAGCUAUGGUGUAUACGUAUGGUAGAAGUGCCGACGCAGCGUAAGAUUUUGUUGCAACAAAAGAAAUUCCAAUUAGCCAUUGGCUUGACGAAAAUAUCCGAGGAACCAGAUGAUAUCAAAGCAUCAACAAUACGCGAAAUACACAUGCGUUAUGCACGCGAGCUGUUCUCCAACAAACAAUUUAGCGAUUCCAUGAAAGAAUUUGAAAAAGCCGCUGCUGAUCCAUAUGAUGUCAUACGGCUAUUUCCAAAUUUGCUACAGGAUCAGGCGCUCAAGUCGACCGAAGUAGCCGUGCCCGCGCCACCCACACCACAGUUGGAGGAAAAAGACAUGGAGCAUGCGCUGUUAGCCUUGAUCGAAUUUUUGGCAUUAGCACGCCAAAAAGAAGUUGUGAAGCUACGGGACACUAAAAGUACAUCCAAAUCACUAUUGUCCAUUAUCGAUACAACAUUAUUGAAAUGCUAUUUGCAGACCAAUGAUUCACUUGUUGCGCCUCUACUGCGCUUGAAUCAAUGCCAUUUGGAAGAGUCGGAAAAGACAUUGAAAAAGCACGACAAAAUAUCGGAGUUGAUUAUACUGUACCAAAUGAAUGGGAAACACAAGAAAGCAUUGGAACUGUUAAAGGCACAAGCUACCGUUGAAGGUUCGAGUCUGUAUGGUUAUGAUCGUACAAUUAAAUAUUUACAACAACUGGGCAGUCCACAAUUGUCACUAAUUUUUGAAUUUUGCGACUGGGUGUUGAAGGAAGCACCCGAAGAGGGUUUACGUAUUUUUACGGAUAAUUUCAUUGAGGUGGAAAAUUUGCCACGAGCUAGUGUGCUCGAUUUCUUACUAAGCCGCCAUAAGGCCUUAGUCAUACCAUAUUUGGAACAUGUUAUUAAUGUAUGGAAGGACAGCAACACCUUAUUGCACAAUGUAUUGACAAAACAAUAUCGCGAAAAGGUGCACAACUUGCUCGAAGAAGUAAAGAAAGAAGAAACGUCGGACAAGAGUGAUGCGGUGGAAAGUUUGCAGAAAUACCGUGAGAAGUUGUGUGAAUUUUUAAAGACCUCACAGAACUAUUCACCGGAGGUAGUACUGAAAGAAUUCCCAACAAAUGAACUGCUCGAGGAGCGUGCAUUGAUACUGGGACGCCUAAAAGAGCAUGAAAAAGUAUUGGCGAUAUAUGUGCAAGUACUCGGUAAUGUACAGCAGGCUGCUGAAUAUUGUGAAGCGAAUUAUGAAGACGACAAGAACAUUUUUGCCACACUACUCACGACAUUAUUAAAUCCUGCACGACAACCGCCAUACGAAGAUGUCGAAUUACAUCCUGAUUUUUUACGACCCAACGAAGACAUCAUAUUGGAUUUGCUAAAUAAAUAUGCGGAAAAAAUCGAUCCAUAUGUAGUUAUACCGUUACUGCCGGAUGAUAUGCCAGCACAGCCCUUAUGGAAUUACCUAGAAAUUGUAUUGCGUGCCGAAAUGGCGGAAGAGCAUGAGAGAGAAAUAAUGGUUGGUAUGCUCAAAGCAGAAAUUAAGCGUGUGAGGAAAGAAAUACAAGCCGAGGAGAGUAAAUACGUCGUAUUAACGGAGUUCACAGUGUGUCCACAGUGUAAGAAACGUUUCACAAAUCCACCCGCUUUCGUACGUUAUCCCAAUGGGGAAGUGGUACAUCUGUCUUGUCACGACAAAUACGCGCAGUCGAGUUCGACUUCUAGUAGCUAGAUAUUUAGAAUAUUACAUUAGAAGGAAUUGUAAAUAUUAUAAUCACAUAGAGGUAUGCACGGCGACUGGCAAUCCAUUUCCACAGCAGUCAGAGUCUAUGUAACCGGAACGAAGCCAGAUUUAUAUCCAAAGUCUCUUUUAUUAAUAUUAAUUUUAUAUAAAUUCAUAAUAAACAGUAUUCUUAAACAGUC